CGCUGAGGUGACGCUCCGCUCCGCAGCGGCGGCCAUGGCGGCCCAGCAGCUCCUGGCCGAGCUGACUUGUCCCGUGUGUCUCGAUUAUUUCACAGACCCGGCGGCCCUGGGCUGCGGGCACCACUUCUGCCGGGGCUGCAUCGCCCGGUGCUGGGCGGGGCUGGGCGCCGAGUUCCCCUGUCCCGAGUGCAGGGAAACCUCCCCCCGGGGGAGCCUCCAGCCCAGCCGGCAGCUGAGCAACAUCGCCCGCGCGGCCAGGAUGCUGGGCCUGGAGCCAGCCAAGGAACCGGAGCUUGGCUCCGUGUGUGACCGGCACCAGGAGGAGUUAAAAGUCUUCUGCCAAAAGGAUCAAACCCCCGUUUGUGUGGUUUGCCUCCUGUCCCGAGAGCACCGGGACCACCCGGCGGUGCCCAUCCAGGAGGCGGCUGAGGAUUGCAAGGACCAAAUUCGGAGCCGUUUGGAGAGUUUGAAGAAAAACAGAGAAGCGAUUCUGUCAUUUAAACUGAGUGGGGAAAAUAAAAGCCAGGAACUGCUGAAACAGCUAGAAACUGAGAGGCAGAAGAUUGUGUCUGAAUUUCAGCAACUGCGCCAGUUUCUGGAGGAACAAGAGCAACUCCGCCUGGCCCAGUUGGAAGAGCUGAAUAAGGAAAUUGAAAAGGGGAGGGCUGAGUAUGUUGCCAAACUAUCUGAGGAACUAGCCUCUUUCAGUUCCCUGAUCAGUGAGAUGGAGCAGAAGUGCCAGCAGCCAGCGAGGGAAUUCCUGCAGGACAUCAAAGGCACCUUGAGCAGAUGCGGGAGGGAGAAGUUUCAGAACCCAGUGGCCUUUUCUUCUGACCUGAAAUGGAGAAUCUGGGAAUCUUCUCAAAGAAACGCAUCUCUGGAGACCAGAAUGAGGACAUUCAAAGACUCACUCUCGUCCAGACAGCGGUUGGACAAAGCGAACGUGACUCUGGAUCCAGACACGGCCCAUCCCGACCUCAUCCUGUCCGCGGAUCGGAGAAGUGUGAGAUACGGAGACACACGGCAGGAUCUGGCCGACAACCCUGAGAGAUUUGACACUGUGCGCUGUGUGCUGGGCUCUGAGGGAUUCACCGUGGGCAGACAUUACUGGGAGGUGGGGGUGGAGGUGGGGGGAGUCUGGGGCGUGGGGGUGGCCAGAGCGUCUGUGAGGAGGAAGGGACGGAUCAGCCUUUACCCUGAGCAGGGGAUCUGGGCUGUGCAGUGCUGGGAGGAUCAGUACCGGGCUCCCACAUCCCCUGCACAGAGCAUCCGCUUCUCCCCGAGCUCAGCACCCCGCAGGAUCCGGGUUUUUCUGGACUGUGAACGGGGGCAGGUGACAUUUUUCGAUGCUGGUACCUGGGACCCGAUCUUCACUUUCUCGCCGGCCUCUUUCGCUGGGGAGAGAAUCCACCCGUUCUUCUGGGCUGGUUCUAGUGCGCGGCUCACCCUGUCCCCCUGAGGUGCCCUGUCUGUGCCCACAAAACAAGCUCCUCUAGCCCCCACCCCCUGAUCUCUACGGCCUGGAGGACUCAGCCGGUCUCUCCUCUCCCUCCCUCCCCUGGCACAGAUCGGGCUGAAAGGGGGUGAUGCUCUACCCGUAGCUCUAUGGCUGUGGAGGUCUGUGUUAGGUCUAGGCUGGUUCUCUGUGCUCCUGGGAGGCCAACUCUGGGGGGGGGGUGUCCCACCAAGGAAGGAAGGAGCCCCUGUGUGGGAGGGACCCAGCCAAGGGCCAGGGAGAGACCCUCAACUGGGGGA